GCGCCCCGGAGCCGCCGCGGAUGGUGUAGAGCCCGCCGAGCUCCUUUUUGAAACGCCGGGGUUGCUGGAGUGGUUGAAUUUUUCCUGGCUUUGCGUGAGAAAUUCAGAAGACUGAAGCCCAGGCUCACUGUCUACCUUUCACGGAGGCCCAGCCGUGAGAGGACAGAAGAAGGCACGUGGCGAAUCAUGACGGCGGACAAGGAGAAGGACAAAGAGAAGGAGAAGGACAGGGACAGGGACCGGGAGCGGGACAAGGAGCGCGACAAGCGGGACAAGGCGCGCGAGAGCGAGAGCUCGCGGCCCCGGCGCAGCUGCACCCUCGAGGGCGGCGCCAAGAACUACGCCGAGAGCGAGCACAGCGAGGACGAGGACAACGACAACAACAGUGCCACCACCGAGGAGUCGGCCAAGAAGAGCAAGAAGAAACCGCCCAAGAAGAAGUCGCGCUACGAGAGAACCGACAACGGCGAGAUCACGUCCUUCAUCACCGAGGAUGACGUGGUCUACAGGCCUGGAGAUUGCGUUUAUAUCGAAAGCCGCCGGCCGAACACGCCCUAUUUCAUCUGCAGCAUUCAAGACUUCAAACUGAGCAAGAGGGACCAUCUGCUGAUGAACGUCAAGUGGUACUACCGCCAGUCCGAGGUGCCCGACUCGGUGUACCAGCACCUGGUGCAGGACAGGCACAACGAGAACGACUCGGGACGGGAGCUGGUCAUCACCGACCCCGUCAUCAAGAACCGCGAGCUCUUCAUCUCCGACUACGUGGACACGUACCACGCUGCUGCCCUCAGAGGGAAGUGCAACAUCUCCCAUUUCUCUGACAUAUUUGCUGCUAGAGAGUUUAAGGCACGAGUGGAUUCAUUUUUCUACAUCCUGGGCUACAAUCCAGAGACAAGGAGGCUGAACAGCACCCAAGGUGAAAUCAGAGUGGGACCCAGCCACCAGGCCAAGCUCCCCGAGCUGCAGCCGUUCCCAUCCCCGGACGGGGACACGGUGACCCAGCACGAGGAGCUGGUGUGGAUGCCAGGAGUCAAUGACUGCGACCUGCUGAUGUACCUGAGGGCAGCCAGGAGCAUGGCAGCCUUUGCAGGGAUGUGUGAUGGGGGCUCCACAGAGGACGGAUGCGUGGCUGCCUCGCGGGACGACACCACCCUGAACGCCCUGAACACGCUCCAUGAAAGCAACUACGAUGCUGGGAAAGCCCUGCAGCGCCUGGUGAAGAAACCUGUGCCAAAGCUGAUUGAGAAGUGUUGGACUGAGGAUGAAGUGAAACGGUUUAUUAAGGGGUUGAGGCAGUACGGCAAGAACUUCUUCAGAAUCCGAAAGGAGUUGCUUCCCAAUAAGGAGACCGGGGAGCUGAUCACCUUCUAUUACUACUGGAAGAAGACGCCCGAGGCGGCGAGCUCGCGCGCGCACCGGCGGCACCGGCGCCAGGCCGUGUUCCGCAGGAUCAAAACCCGCACGGCCUCCACGCCCGUCAACACCCCCUCCAGGCCCCCCUCCAGCGAGUUCUUGGACCUGAGCUCGGCCAGUGAGGAUGACUUUGACAGCGAGGACAGCGAGCAGGAGCUGAAGGGCUACGCCUGCCGCCACUGCUUCACCACCACCUCCAAGGACUGGCACCACGGGGGCCGGGAGAACAUCCUGCUGUGCACCGACUGCCGCAUCCACUUCAAGAAGUACGGGGAGCUGCCGCCCAUCGAGAAGCCCGUGGACCCCCCCCCCUUUAUGUUCAAGCCUGUGAAGGAGGAAGACGAUGGCCUCAGCGGGAAGCAUAGCAUGAGGACACGGCGCAGUCGAGGCUCGAUGUCGACCCUACGCAGUGGCAGGAAGAAGCAGGCGGCCAGCCCCGAUGGCCGCGCCUCGCCCAUCGCCGAGGACGUGCGCUCCAGCGGCCGCAACUCGCCCAGCGCCGCCAGCACCUCCAGCAACGACAGCAAGGCCGAGUCUGUCAAGAAAUCCACCAAGAAGAUAAAGGAAGAGGUUUCUUCUCCUCUCAAGAACUCCAAGAGGCAGCGGGAGAAGGCAGCAUCUGACACAGAAGAACCUGACAGGUCCAAUGCCAAAAAAUCCAAAACUCAAGAGAUGAGCAGGCCCAACUCCCCGUCGGAGGGCGAGGGCGAGGGCGAGAGCUCCGACAGCCGCAGCGUCAACGACGAGGGGAGCAGCGACCCCAAGGACAUCGACCAGGACAACCGCAGCACGUCCCCCAGCAUCCCGAGCCCGCAGGACAACGAGAGCGACUCGGACUCCUCGGCCCAGCAGCAAGUGCUGCAGGCGCAGCCCCAGGCGCUGCAGGCCCCGGGCGGCGCUGCCCAGGCCGCAGCUCCCGCGCCGCCGGUGCCGGCCCCGCUGCCGGCGCCGCCGCCCGCGUCCAGCGCCGCCCCGGCGCCCGCGCAGGCGUCGCCGCCCGCGUCCCAGCCCUCGGGCCAGCCCCCGCCCUCUGCUCCCCCCGCUCCCCACUCGCACAUCCAGCAGGCGCCUGCGCUGCACCCGCAGAGAGUCCCGUCCCCCCACCCUCCCCUGCAGCCCCUGAGCGUGUCCCAGAGCCAGCCCGCGCCCGCCCCGGCGCAGCCCCCGCCGCACGGGCAGCCCCAGCCCGCCCCGCACGGCCUGCAGGCGCAGCCGCUGCUGCCCCACGGCCCCGGGGCUGCCCAGCCCUUCUCCCUGCCCGCCCAGCCCGCCCAGUCUCAGGUGCCCCUCCAGACGCAGGCCCCGUCCCACUCGCACUCGGGGCUGCAGGCGGCGCAGCCCGUGCUGCCCGGCGCGGCCUCGCUGCAGCCGGCGCAGCCUCCCCGUGAGCAGCCUCUGCCGCCCGCCCCCAUGGCCAUGCCUCACAUCAAACCUCCCCCCACCACCCCCAUCCCGCAGCUGCCCACCGCCCCGGCCCACAAGCACCCUCCCCAUCUCUCGGGGCCGUCUCCCUUCUCCAUGAACUCCAACCUGCCCCCGCCGCCCGCUCUGAAGCCGCUGAGCUCGCUGUCCACUCACCACCCUCCCUCGGCACACCCUCCUCCCCUGCAGCUGAUGCCUCAGAGCCAGCCUCUGCAGUCCUCUCAGGCCCAGCCUCCCGUUCUGACCCAGAGCCAGAGCCUUCCUCCUCCCGCCAGUCACCCUCCCUCCGGACUCCAUCAGGUCUCCUCGCAGCCCCCCUUCUCCCAGCACCCCUUUGUGCCCGGGGGCCCCCCUUCCAUCACGCCUCCGUCGUGCCCCUCCACCUCCACGCCGCCCACCGUGCCUGGCAUCCCCCUGCAGACCCCCAUCUCCACGUCAGCAGCCUCUAGUGGGACGGUGCCCGUGGUGACGGCCUGCACGCUGCCACCCAUCCAGAUCAAGGAGGAGGCCCCCGAUGAGGCUGAGGAGCCCGAGAGCCCUCCACCCCCACCCCGGAGCCCGUCCCCAGAGCCCACGGUGGUGGACAUCCCCAGCCACGCCAGCCAGUCAGCCAGGUUCUAUAAGCACCUGGACCGUGGCUACAAUUCGUGCUCCAGGGCAGACCUGUACUUCAUGCCCCUGGCAGGAUCCAAACUGGCCAAGAAGAGAGAAGAGGCCAUCGAAAAGGCCAAAAGGGAAGCGGAGCAGAAAGCCAGGGAAGAGAGGGAAAGAGAAAAAGAGAAAGAGAAGGAAAGAGAGCGGGAGCGGGAGCGUGAGCGAGAAGCGGAAAGAGCUGCGCAGAAGGUGUCCAGCUCCUCCCACGAGGGCCGCCUGGGCGAGUCCCAGCUCAGCGGGCCGGCGCACAUGAGGCCGUCCUUCGAGCCGCCCCCCACCACCAUCGCGGCCGUGCCGCCGUACAUCGGGCCGGACACGCCGGCGCUGCGGACGCUCAGCGAGUACGCGCGGCCCCACGUCAUGUCCCCGACCAACCGCAACCACCCCUUCUUCGUGCCCCUGAACCCCACGGACCCGCUGCUGGCCUACCACAUGCCCGGCCUGUACAACGUGGACCCCGGCAUCCGCGAGCGGGAGCUGCGCGAGCGCGAGAUCCGCGAGCGCGAGAUCCGCGAGCGGGAGCUGCGCGAGAGGAUGAAGCCCGGCUUCGAGGUGAAGCCGCCGGAGCUGGACGCGCUGCACCCGGCCGCCAACCCCAUGGAGCACUUCGCCAGGCACGGGGCGCUGACCAUCCCGCCCGCCGCGGGGCCGCACCCCUUCGCCUCCUUCCACCCGGGGCUCAACCCGCUGGAGAGGGAGAGACUGGCGCUGGCGGGGCCGCAGCUGCGGCCGGAGAUGAGCUACCCGGACAGGCUGGCGGCCGAGCGCAUCCACGCCGAGCGCAUGGCCUCGCUCACCAACGACCCCCUGGCGCGGCUGCAGAUGUUCAACGUCACCCCCCACCACCACCAGCACUCGCACAUACACUCGCAUCUACACCUACACCAGCAGGACCCCCUACACCAAGGCUCAGCAGGACCUGUCCAUCCCCUGGUGGAUCCUUUAGCAGCUGGACCCCACCUGGCACGUUUUCCCUACCCACCUGGGACCAUCCCCAACCCAUUGCUAGGGCAGCCACCUCACGAGCAUGAAAUGCUCCGGCAUCCAGUCUUUGGUACCCCCUACCCUCGGGACCUGCCCGGGGCCAUCCCCCCUCCCAUGUCAGCAGCGCACCAGCUGCAGGCCAUGCACGCGCAGUCGGCGGAGCUGCAGAGACUGGCCAUGGAGCAGCAGUGGCUGCACGGCCACCCCCACAUGCACGGCGGGCACCUCCCCAGUCAGGAAGAUUACUACAGUCGACUGAAAAAAGAAGGCGACAAACAGUUGUAAUAAAUUAUUUAUUUGUAACGCUGGCAAUGGAAACCCCAGUCCUUGGGAAGGAGUGGAACAUUUUUACAUACAAGAAGAGCUACAAAAGGAAAAGAAUAUCUUAUAAAGAUUUCUUUAUAUAUUUAAAACAGAAGCAACCACCCGACAAGUAGAGACUUAUCAGCAUAGUGUUCAUUUGUAGAGAAGAUUUCUCAAGACUGGUGUGGGUCUCCCUGCAUGAAAACGUAUUCAGAAGCCUCUUGGAAAUACAGGACUGUGUGGAACAUUCAGAGAACUUCCUGCAAUCUUGUUUUUUUUUUUUUUUCUUUCUUUUCUUACUAGUUUGUUUUCAGUAGGUGCUAGAAUCAGGUUCACAACACGAGUCACUGUGCGUGAAGGGACACUCAAUGCAUCUAUAGGUAACUAAAAAAAAAAACAAGGAUUGCAAGUAGGUGACAUAACAAGCUCUGAAUCCAAGUGCUAUAAUAAUAAAAAAAAUCUACUUUUAUUUUAAUACAUUGUAGGAAAUCUUCAUAAUUUUAAAAGAGAGCUCAGUUCUGCAGCAUGGCUUUUUAAGUCUGUAAAUAACUUUUUUUGGGUAGAGGGGAGAAACAAAACAAAACAAACUCCAGAAACGUUUAUCUUGAUUUUCAGUAACAUCACAAAUUGUGAAUUCCUACCUGGUAUUGACAGAAUACAGAGUUGAUUUUUUAAUAAAAUAUAUAUAUAUAAUUAUCCCUUUAAUUAAAGGGAACGAUGGGUUAUCAAUAAUUUCAAAUGGGUAAAAGCUUGACAUUUGGUUUGAUAUCGACAAUAAGCAUUAAAGGGAUUUGCAGGGAUAAUGUUGCAAAUGACUGUUUCUGUUCUUGGUUUUUCGGUUGGUUUGGUUGUUUGGGGGUUUUUGUUGGUGUUCCAUCUCUCUGUUCUGCAGCUGAUUUUGUUGAGUUGGGUUUCUCAGCAGCUCAGAUGUCCCUUGGACCCCGCUGGCCCUUUGGGCGCCGCCUCCAACGGUUCAUUUUUGUGUGGCCAUAAAACACUUCUUUCCUGGGAGAUUGGAAACCUAACCCAGCUCCGUUGGGUUUGACUUUGGGCAGAAGGUUCAGAGAAACAAUCUGUUGCAAAAAUCUCUUUUUUAGCUGUCGAUGGCUCAGCAGUGCAGCCGCAGUUGUGCAUGCCGUGCAUACCUGGGGAGGAGCUGCUUUCCUGCCCUCCUGCUGCACGAGCUCUUCAGGAAAGUGGACUUGGCAACUUUCUCAUUCGGUUGUGUUGCAAAGAGCAGUCUGUUUUGUCUUUGGCUGUUUGAGUUUGGGUUUCUAUGAGCAGAAAGUGCUUAAUGCAGCAGGGCAGCGUCCCUGAGGAGCUGUGGGUGCUCUGGGACAGCGGCACAGGGCAGCUCCUCUUGGUGCUUGCCCAGGCUGGGCAGGGGAGAGGAGCACACAGGGAGCAUUAAAGGACACAGCUCUGCUCACCAAGCAGGUUUUUCAAUUUUUCCCCCCAGUUUUUGUUUGCUGGAGCAGAGGGUGAUGCGACCAAUGGACAUCUGAACCUGCUGCUCAUUUUUUCUGCUGGUGCACAACUCCCCGUUCUCUCUCUCCACCCUCGAGUGCUCUCUGCUGCUGUAGCCUGUCCAGUGUGAUGGUUGUGUCCCAGCACUGUCCUGAGCCCGCUGGUAAAGUUGUAGUUACUCAGUGCAGGCACAGGGCUCAUCCCCCUCUGCUGCUC